GGGGUUCUGACGCAACUCUCGCGAUACUUUGCGAUACUUUGACCGUCGGGCGCAUGCGCACUUCCUGUAGCUUUCCAUCCGGUAGCAGAGAAUGAAUUACAGGGAGAUUUCAAAUUCAAUUUAAGCCUUAUUUUAGUUUUUCCUCUUUUCGUGUCAGUCCGGGAUCUUGUCCGCCAACUUCACCACAACUUCAAACCCGAAAUGGACGCACAACAGCCGGAGGAAAUACGCGUUUUCCCAGCAAGCUAACAAGCUAGUUAGCUUUAGCCCCCACACACACACACAGCGGUUUCAGUAGCUGCUAAUAAACACAGCUAGCAGAUAUUAGCUAGCACUCGCAGGGGAAAUGUAUUUUCUCUACACCAUCAUCGCGGCUCUGGUUUGUUUCUUCAUCUUGAAAUGGAUGAAGAAGAGGAGGUGCUGCACCGACGUGAAGAGACUCGAUGGGAAAACAGUUCUGAUCACAGGUGGGAACUCGGGUAUUGGAAAGGAGACGGCGGUGGCCUUAGCUCUGAGAGGCGCUCGUGUCAUCAUCGCUUGCAGAGACAUGGACAAGGCGGAGAAGGCUGCGAGAGAGAUCAAGUUUAAGAGUCGCAGUCUCAACGUCCUGCACAUGGAGCUGGACCUGGCCAACCUGCGCUCGGUGCAGGAGUUCAGUAAGAGCUUCCUUCAGAGAGAGAAGAGGCUGGACAUCCUCAUCAAUAAUGCAGGGAUGCCAAGUGUCCUCGACUGGACGGAUGACGACUUCAGUAUGUGCUUUGGCGUCAACCACUUGGGUCACUUCCUGCUGACCAACCUGCUCCUGCCUCGUCUGAAGGAGUGCGCUCCCAGCCGAGUGAUCACCCUCACGUGCUCCACCUACAAAUACCAGAAGCUGGACUUUCAGGACCUCAACUACAACCUGCUGCCCUUCUUCACCUACUGCCGCAGCAAACUGGCCAACAUCUACUUCAGUCAGGAACUGGCCCGCAUCACAGAAGGGAAAGACGUGACCUGUUGUGCUGUGCAUCCUGGCUUUGUGCAGAGCGGCUGGACGUGUCACUACUCCUUCCUGUUCCGGAUGCUGAUGCAGGUGAUCAUGUGGAUGUUUUUUGUGCCGUGUGAGAUCGGAGCUCAGACUGUCGUCCACUGCGCCGUGUCGGACGAAGCUGCCAAACACAGCGGAGGCUACUUCGUCGACUGCCGACCCUGCACCCUGCGGCCGUUUGCUCGAGACUCUGGUGUGGCCAAAAAACUGUGGGAGGCCAGUGAGAGACUGGUGAAACUGGUCUGAGCUGGUUGUUUGCUUUGUUGUGUCUUUUAUUUAUGGGUCAUUUUAUUUAUUUAUUUUUAUAAAUAUUUCUGUUCUACAUGAUAAAGAUGUAAAGAUGUAUUAUUCCAUAAGGUGCUUGUGUGUUUUAAGUUUUUUCCAUCAAUACAACGUUUUUGUUUUCUAAGAGUGAAUAAAAACGUUUUUUCAACUCUGGGAGAAUAUGAUGUCAUUUAUUUGAGUUAUAUUUUAUUAUAUCAUCCAUCAUCUACUAUGAUUUAAUCUGAGAACGGACAUGGUGAUUUGUUUCCUAAUCAUUACACAAAAUGUAUGAAAUGUAGGUUUUCUUUUGCCAUUACUUUUACAUGAUGUUAUUGUAUUGUCUUUUUAAAAUUUGCCCAUUUUCACAAAUCUUAUUUUAAAACCAUCCUUAUUUGUGUUUCUUCUUCAUGUUAAAUUCAAAAACACAUUUUCUAUGUUUUGAAAUCUCAAAUCAAUUUAUGUCCAGAUCUAUGAGAUGUCUAUCAAAGCAUCUGUAUAUCUGCUGCAGUCGUACACACAGAGAGACAGAUUCUAUUUCUAUUUAAACUCAUUUUAUUGAUAACACCUUAACACAUUUUUCUUGAAGUUAGAGAAACACGUGUAGCACGUAAGAGAACAGAGCAAUAAGUCAAAGAAUCAGAGAACUAGAGGAUUAAUAUUAUUAUACAGAAGAGAAACCCAAACUGACAG